UAAAAAGCUCUGUGUCUGGCUGAAUAGAAGGAAGUGGCUCUGACUUCCCCAGGAAAUGGAGAGAGGAAAGCCGGGGGCUUCGACCUCUCUGGCUGCUGUGGAGCCACAAGACGGCUCACAGCAGAUAAAGAAGGAGGGAAGGGUGGAGGGUAGACAGAAAGAGAGAUACUGCCUCUCAUUGUGCUCCCCCUGACUGGAAGGAGAACAAGUUGAGAGGAAAGUCAGGAACAGACUGGACAUAAAGACGUGAGACAGAAAGAUAUUUGGUCCCGGGGUUUUUGGUUUUGGUUUUGGAUUUUGCGUGGAGAUGAAGCUUCUCCUUAGAGCUCUGAGUGCUCUGCUCUGCUUCUCGCUGUCCUCACAAACACUGGAUCCUGAUGGGAGGAACGUCUGCCACAAUAUCAGGGACCCCUCCACCCUGGUCUGUUGCACUGGGUGGCGUCAAGAGGGAAAAGAGUGCACCACACCUGUGUGUGAGGGUGAGCAGGCCUGUCUGAAGGAUGAGAUCUGUGUGUAUCCUGGAGUGUGUCGCUGCCCACCUGGCUACUAUGGAGCUCACUGUAAAACACGCUGUCCUGCUGAGUUCUGGGCUCCAGACUGUCGCCAGGUGUGUCAGUGCUUCCCACACGGCCGCUGUCACCCCGUCACCGGUGAGUGCACUUGCAACCCCAACCGCUGGGGUCCGCUGUGUCAGUACGCCUGCAAGUGCGCCCGGAACGGCCACUGCCACCCCGUCCAUGGAAACUGCACCUGCAACGAGGGCUGGUGGAUGUCAACCUGCUCCAAGCCGUGCCAGUGCGUCAGCGGGGGGUCUGUGGGCCCCGGCUGCGACCAGCUAACAGGCCGGUGUCAGUGCAACAGCGGCCACUGGGGGCUGAAAUGUCCCUUCACUUGCAACUGCUAUCUGUCGCCAUGUAAUCAGCGUAUUGGUGUGUGUGAGUGCGAGUCAGGCUGGUGGGGUCCCAACUGUGACCGCCGAUGUAACUGUGACCUCACACACAGCAGCUGUGACCAGGCCAACGGGCAGUGCCUGUGCCACGCAGGGUACCAGGGUCUCUUCUGCAACCAACCCUGUGAAGCUGGGAAGUACGGCAGUGGUUGUAAAAUGAGUUGUGGUUACUGUAAAGACAACCAGCUCUGCUCUGCCACUGAUGGCGCCUGUGAUGCCUGUGAGUCCGGCUGGAACGGUACACGAUGCGACCACCCGUGCCCGGCUGGUUCCUAUGGUGACGGCUGCCAGGAGAAGUGUCCGCGCUGCAGAAAUAACGAACUCUGUGACCCCAUAACUGGGAAAUGUUGGAGGUGUGACCCUGGAUGGACUGGACCGAGGUGUGAGGAGGCCUGCUCUAACAGGACGUUUGGAGAUGCCUGCAGCUUCCUGUGUAGCCCUUGUUUCCAUGGUAACUGCCAUCAUGUGACAGGAAGAUGUGUCUGUCAGCCAGGCUUUCAGGGAGAGAGCUGUAACAGCAGCUGCCCUGCCCUGCAAUUUGGCCUCAACUGUUCGUCCGUCUGUGACUGUGGUGAGGGGGGCGGCUGUGACCCAGUCACUGGUGUCUGCCCCAACAGUGGCAGAGCUGCAGUACUAGCAGGUGUGCUGGUUCCUUUGUUCCUGUUGCUGCUUGCUGUCCUCUGCUGCUGUUUAUGUUGUGGAGGAGGUCCUGUUGAUGGCAAAGACAGGGCGACUGUGGCUGAUGGCGGCUUGUCAGUUCGGAUGAAAUAUCACGUCUACAGCGUCCUGGCUAACAUCGGUGCUGCCCUCCCCUGUAUUUCUGAUUGGUCCUCUGGCCUGCCUCGUGUCACUGUGUCUCACCAUGACCCAGAGCUGACGUUCAACCACAGCUUCAUUGAGCCUCCUUCCUCUGGCUGGGUGACUGAGGGGUCGUCCUUCGACACUGAUGAGGAGGAGGGAGAGGCGCUCUACUGUGUCCCUCCAAGAGAAGACAUCCCGUCGGUGGCGGGCGGCGAGUUCCACGAGAUGAGCUCGAAGUGUAACAUGUUCUUAGACCCAUCUGGCUUCAGCAGUGAGGAUAUCACCUCGGCCUUCAACAUCCCUCGCACCUCCAGCAUCGCCAAGUCCAAGAGGCCGUCUGUCUCUUUUGCAGAGGGCACGCGCUUUAGCCCCAAGGAGAGGCGUGGCUCGGCUCAGGACCCAAGCGCUCUCCCUGGACACUCACGCAACAAACCAAAGUCACCGUGGGGAGUUUUGAUGCUGUCUGCCCUCCAAAGUCAGGGAAGUGCAGCUAGAACUGGGGACGAAGAUGGAGCCGAGGGCGAGGAGGGGGAAGAUGAAGUGGAUGUGCAGGCAACAGACAAUCAGGAAUCAAGCUGUGAGGCAGGGGACCAGGAAGUAGACAGAACCUCUUCCCGGGCCACCCUCCAGGUCCCUGGGGCAUCAGGACGAAGGCGGACUAUGUCCAACACAGCUGCUCAUAAAGGGACCCAGCUGCCAACAUCUGCCUCUGAUGCUCCGGUGGGGGUCUUAAAUAAGGUCACCACAGUGUAUGUGACUGUGGGUAAAGCAGGUAGGCCUGUGUCGAAGACGGAGACGAGCUCUGAAGGCCCCGUCCAAGCCAUGCUGCGGCGACUCGGCAGCCUCCAGAGACAAAGGGAGCAGGAGUCUGGCAGGCCCAAGCCUAAAGGAGCUGAAGGGAUUACCAAACCACCCAGGAGGAAGCUCGGAGCUCGGGCGAGUGUGUGGGAGGAGGGAGGGACACCUGGAAGCGAAGUUGGCAUAUGUAAGCCAAUCAGGAGAAAGCAUGCUUCUCUCAACUCCUCUGACACAGUUGGUGCUAAUGACACUCCAUCAUCAGAGAGCAGCACUCCAAAAAGGCCUCUGUCGUCCAAUUUGCAGAGCGUGCUAGAGUUGGCUUCAGCUGAUUCAGGGUCAGAUCUGAGGGCUGAGGGUGGUGACCUCAGUACAGGAAAAACUGAGGGCACAUACCUAACUGUGGGACCAGCCGGAGACACUGUGAGUCUCACUGAGGUCAUCGCCAAUGAAGGUGCAGUGGUCAGUGUGAUUGAUGAACCCUGCUAUGAAAAUGUCAUUAUUAAACACUCAUAACCUCUGAGAAACUUCACAUCAGCAGGUCUGAUUCAAACACAACUGCAUAUGUAUUACGCUGCAGUUAUACUGUUACAGGCACAAAGAAAUUCUUGAAUUAUGGUGUUAUUUGUUACAGUUAUGUACAAGUACAGCUUGGGUGAUUUGUGAUAAAAACAACGUUCACCUUCUACAAAAUAUAGAUAAAUAGUGUGUAAAAUGUAUUAUUUAGAUUGAAAGAUAAAUGAAACUACAGAAUAAACUACAAAAUAUCAUGCGUAUUUUGGUAACUCAUAACAGUACCCCUGGGUACAUUCAGUAUCUCCAGUUUGAAAUGAACACGAGUAUAGGGACAAUUGAGCAAGACUUGUUUUUAUUUCCUCAAGUGAUUCAUGUUGUAUUACCUGUAUACAUACUGUACAAGUACUGUAAUAUCUGGGCCUGUAGAGGGGAUAAACAGACAUAAAGACUGGAGAAUGGUCGUUAUUGAACAUCUGGUUUGUACCAGGAAGACGAGAGUAAACAUCUGCAAAAAUGUCA